GUUUCUAUAUGUAUAGAAGUGUAUGAGCAUGUUUUUAUGUGUAGGUGUGUGUGUUCAUGCAUUACCUACUGAGGUAAACAGGUGUCAGUCUGUUAGAACUGGUGUGUAUUUCAGAAGGGUUGUGGUGGGUCACUUGGUUGCCAGGGAACCAAGUUUGGUCUUGCUCAUGUUACACAGAUCUCCUGUCUGUGUUGCUUUCUCUCUCUGUCCUUGCUGGAAAACAUAUCUCUAUUGUCAUGUUUUUGGACUCCCUUUUGAGGACUAACUGAAGAAAUUUUUGUUUUAAACCUUUUUUGCGAUACUUAUACUACUCCGAGCAUUGAAGAUUCCAGAGACUUUUGCAGGUGUUGGUGCUCCGUGGCUGUCAGAAUGCAACAUUUGGUACUGAAGGUCCUCUGCUCCUCUCUGCUGCUUCUAGCAGCAGUUCCCUCUGCAUACUCACAGUCAGACUGUUCUCAAGCUGAGUCAUGUGACCUGUGUGUUGGAGACUCCAUGCUUAACCUGACAGGCUGCGUCUGGAGGCUUUGCCCAAAUGGUAAUGAUACAGGUGUGUGUGUGUCUGAUCAGGGUGAUCUUGCAGACACUGGUCUGAACUGUAGCUGGACCCGAGUGUCUGAAUUGUGCACAGUUGUAGAGAUUGUUGCUGUGGACGGAGGUGAAGGUGACUCAGGUGAUGGAACUAGCCCACCCCCUGAGUUCUCUCAGGCCAAGUUUGACAUGUCCAGCUUCGUGGGGGGCAUCAUACUUGUGCUGUGUCUGCAGGCAGGUGGCCUCAUCGCCAUGCGCUUCCUCAAGUCCAAAGAGCAGAGCAGCUACGAUCCAAUAGAACAGCCGCAGUGAGGGCAGGAUGUGUGAAGGACAAUCAGGCAAGAUGGAGGACAGCAGCAGCAGAGCAGUGACUCACCGAGUAGUGACGACAAGAUUUUUUUUUUCUUUCUCAGAGCCACUAUCGUUUUUGGUUGUGUUCCCAUGUGUAGCCCUCUGGGAUGGGUCUAUUUAUGAAAGGGCAUUUUUUCCUCAACAUUUUCCAUUAAACUUCUAGACUGUUUUAGCUGUUUGUAUUCAUAAAACCUGACAAAAGGUUUCUGAUGAUCCUCAGCACUUUCAGUGUGAGAUUUUCAAUUUAACCCAAUGGCAAUAUGUUCUCUUACAGUUGAGUGGUAUCAAGUGAGCUGUUUCAGUCCUAUGCUGUGAAUAUUGCAGUGCAGCCAUGGGAAAGCCUUACAUAAUCACACAGACAGUGGGUCCAAAAAAAGUCAGGACAGGAAUUUUUAAUAUCUAAUAUCUCAAAAAUGGAUCCAAAUUAAACCCUGGAGCUGUCUAACAUCUAAAUGUGCUUCUACUCAUCAUGAGCAUUUGAGAAACUUUGCUUUAUUAAAACUAAUUCUUUAAAUAUUGACCUAUUACAAUGGUGCUUGAGAAAUAGUGAAUUAUAUACAUUUUCUUUUUUUAUUUCUGCAAAAAUAUUGUCUAAAUCAUCAUGAGAUUUUAACACAAGACUUAAGGUAGUUUAAACAAAUAAAAAAAUGAGGCAAAAACAUUAUAACUUACCAAUUCUUAUUUGAGGAAAUUGCUUGUAUUUAUGAGCAGCAAAAGUAUGUAAAUCUUUGCUUUCGGUAUCUGACGUGUCCUUGUUUAACAUAAUGUGUCUUCUUUCAGAUUUGGAUUGCAGUUUAAUAUAUUCUGUUAGAAUUCAUGAUUAUAUUUAUGUGAACAAAGAUAAUAAAAAUCUUGCCCUGCAGAAAGGCAGCAGUGCUUUUUAUAGUGAGUAGUGGUUUUUUCCUUUUCCUUGCAGCCUUGCCAUGUACUGUUGUUCAGUGUUCGUUUGAACUCAUGAGCAUUAACCAUAGCCUUUCUGAGAGGGAUUUAGCUGUAGGAAGUGACCUUGAAAGAUAAAACAAAGUAUUAAACUUUUCAUUAAAUCAUUCCUAAAGAGAGUACUGACAUUUUAAAAUUCCUUAAAUUUGUGCACCGUCUGUCUGAAUGUGGCUGUAGUCAAAAACUGUGUUAAGACAGUUUUGGAGCAUUUUCCAUCUUGAUGAGCAUCAACAACCAGUUUAAUGAUGACCUCAGAAAUCUUUUUUGUUAGUGCCAUGAUACACUUCCAUUAACAUUUCUUAUGGCAAUUAGAGUUUGACAGAUACCUGAUAUUUAAUUGGGACUCUCACUUAGACCUAUCUGAUGUUAUUUCACCCUUAAAUUAGAUUUUAAUCAUAAAGGCUCACAUUUACAUACAAAUAUGAUUAAUACGGGAUCAUUUAGUUGGCAAACAAACAUCCAAGCUAUACAUAUUUGUCAUUCAUUUUAAUUUCUCUUUAGUUUCUAUCUACUUUUGGACUUGCAUGUUCAAUUUAGACCCUGCUUAUGCAGAAAUAUAAAGUAGUCUAAAGGAUUCACAAACUUUGAAGCAGUGCUAUUUACUCCCUAUCAUCACUAUGUAUCUCAUUUAGUCUUUUUUUCUUCACAAUUUAAUACUAUUACAUACACU